AUGUUCAUUCAGACGUUUAUAGAAAAAUCAAAUUUGAAGCCUUUAGGACAGAAUACAGCAUGGUCAACUAGCAUAAAUAAAAUCAAAAACAAUUUGUUAACUGCGAGAUCAUUAAUUGAUGUCAAUAAACCGUCUACGAGUAUUAGAGUAUGUAACAUAUCUGAUGAGAAAGUUGAAAUACCUAAGGAUCAAGUAAUCACCAAAUUACAUGAAGUAGUUGUAGUUGAUGAUGAAGUUCAAGAAUCAAAUAACAAGCCCACCAAAGAAUAUGAUGAGACUAUAAAAACAAUAGUUGAUGAGGUAUAUUCCAGUGUUCCAAAUAAUAUUCGUGGUAACUUGAGAAAGUUGUUGCUGAAGUAUAAAAAUAUUCUCUCAUUAAGCGAGUUUGAUUUAGGAAGAACUAAUGUAACGCAACAUGAAAUUGAUACCGGAGCAAACAGACCAUUUCGCCAAGCAUUGCGACCGCAACCUAGAGCACAUCUACCAAUCAUUGACAAUUUGUUAGAAGAGAUGUUACAGCAAAAACCGAUCAGACUCGACGGCCCAGUGAAAACAGGCCGGGGUUGUGCGAAAGCCGACCGACUGACUGACAGGCUCAGUGAAAACAGGCCCUUGGUCGUGCGAAAGCCGAUCAGACUUGACGGCCCAGUGAAAACAGGCCAAGGUUGUGCGAAAGCCGACCGACUGACUGACAGGCCCAGUGAAAACAGGCCCUUGGUCGUGCGAAAGCCGAUCAGACUCGACGGCCCAGUGAAAACAGGCCAAGGUUGUGCGAAAGCCGACCGACUGACAGACAGGCCCAGUGAAAACAGGCCCUUGGUCGUGCGAAAGCCGAUCAGACUUGACGGCCCAGUGAAAACAGGCCAGGGUUGUGCGAAAGCCGACCGACUGACAGACAGGCCCAGUGAAAACAGGCCUUGGGUUCUGUGA